AUGUGCGAAACCCGUAACGUGUCGCGACACAUUUCUCUUCAUACGGUGUUUGUCGAGAAUUCCCAUGAGAAGAAGAAAAAAGAAAAGGAAUCGGCUGCUCAUUCUUAUACACCUCAAUUUUCGGGAUCGCAUAUCGAAUUAAAAUCGAUAAUUUCGAAGCAAGAACAUAGCUACAUUCAGGAUGAAAAUCGCGAUCAUCGGAUAAGAGGACAAUAUAGCGAAGAAUGCACCGCGUUGCGGCUUGAUCCGACAACGCCGAAAGAUCUAAACAUUCAAACGCAAGAUGUAGACGAAGAUGAAGUUAAUAAGUUGGUGGCGAAGUUGAAAGAAAAACCGAAAAACGAUGCGGCUCCUGUUCAAUUAGAUUCAAGGACCCAAUUAGUGUUGGAUCGAGUGACGAAAAAGAAGCAUUCACUUCGUCUUUUGUCCGAUAAGCCCAACGAAAAUGACCCUAGAAAAAUAAGCUCGACGAAAUCAAUGCGGAUAAUGCUGACGGAGCCGACACAGCCGCCUACAAAUGAUCAGAACUCGACAAUGACAGCGAUUGCUCUGAAUGAACAAGCCGAUAACAAUGCCAAUUUGAAGACUGCCAUGUAUGCCGUUGAAACGCGAAAUUCGCCUUCCGUUUCAAUGAUUGAGGAUGAUCAUUAUGAUACUGUGCCCAAGUUGGAGGAAGUGCUCAAAUUGCCGAAUGACGACAUUUUCGGAACAAGUGGAUAUCCGACGUGGAUGGAUUAUUUGGAACCGAAAGAGGAAGAUAUUGUCGGAGUUGAGGCUCCUUGUCCGGUUGGAAGUGAGCACAUCGAAAUGUUCCAUGAGAAGAAAUUCAAAAUGAAAUCAGCACCUGAUGGAAAAAUUCAACUCGAUCAAUGGCUUCCUUUGGCAAAACUGCAAACUCGAGACGAAGUCUAUUUCACAAGUGACAUCGUCUUCUGCAACACUCUUCGAAGCCUCAUCAAUGUUUCCUCAGCGAAAAAAAUGAAAAUUUCGAACAGUUCGUCACAAGAAAAUAUCGAAAAUGUGAUGAAAACUCAAUGCGAUGAUGAAGCACUGUCGGUUACAAUUACGGACCCAAAUCCACACAAAUAUUACUCAUACUCGAGACUAAAUCCAAUUGAGUCGGCUCAAAAUCGGGUUUUUGUCGAUAAAACAAUACCACCAAAAAAGGAGCUAAACUCGUGCUACGACGAGAUUUAA